AUGAGUUCCAACAAAACCGGAACCCCAAUCACUUCACCUCAGAAACAGGUGAAGCUAGAUGUUCCAUCCACCCCUCCGGCGUCGAAGGGUAAAAAACAUCUCCUGGCAUUUCUUGCAACGCCAGAGCAACCUGACGAUAACCUACCGUUCAGUCCUGCUUUAAAACGCAGUAAUUCUGGAACUUUCAAGUCUCCCGAUUACAAAUUCAAUACAGAAAAUUUACAGUCGCCAUACUCUUCAAAUGCCCUACUCAAGACACCACGAAACUCAGGGUACGACUCGGACGACCGAGACACACCUCGGAGAUCCAAAGUAUUGCGCACACCACAAUUUUUUAGUCCUGGAAGACGCUUGUUUGCUGAUGACCAGGGGCAGAACAAACAGGAGCUUCAGGAAAUUAGCACUCAGUUGAAAAGCAAGUUAAGCCUGGCCCUCGGCAAGUUGAAGGGUCAAGAGAAAACCACUGCUGCUCCAGUUCAGUUGAAUUUCGCAGAACUCUCUUUCACGUCCACACAAGAAUCACCCACUAAAAAACACAGACAAACGCACGAAAGCAUGCUGCCUAGCAGCUCGUUGCAAAGAACCAAUUUGAACUUACAGACGUUGCAACUGACGCCAGGAUUCUCACACCCAGAGUCUCCGCCUUCCACGGGUGAAGGUCGACUUUAUCAGCCCCCCAAACUAACAGAAACUACAGGUGGACGAAUCAGCAUCCCUUCACCCGAUGAAGAGUCGAGUGCGCAUAAUGCAUUGCUUGCUGCGUUUUCACGACUGAGGCGGAAGAGUGGUAGCCGUUCUAGUAUGAGCGAAGACCGUCGGCAGUCCAUCAUUCAGGCGCUUAACGAACUGCCUCGACGUCAAAAGUUGCAUGAGGCGCCACCGAUGAAACAGACAGCACUUCCACCCUUGAACGUAGCACUUGACACCAAUCAGAACGGCGAUUCUGAGCAGGAUGCAGUGUACUCACUCAUGUCUCUUUCAUCACCGCAAUCAGUCAAGCAAAUGUCAGGCACCCACAGCCGACUGCAUAGCCAGAACAAUAAUUCACCUACUUCUUCGACUUCUUCGCUGGCUCUUCCGGUGCUUCCUCCCAUUUCAGGACUAAUCAGCAAAAUCGACCACGACGAGACCGACGUGGAGAAUGCUACUACCGAAGAGGAGUCAGACUGA